AUGCGGCUUCCCGUUAUAAUUUCCAAUGUUGGUGUUUCAGCCCCAAAGCACACGGGAGCGCUUCACACGGAGGUCGUCCCACGGAGGCGCUCACACGGAGGCGCUCACAACGGGAGCUCUCCACGGGAGGCGCUCACGGGAGGCGCUCACACGGAGCGCUCCCAAAACGGAGGUGCUCACACGGACGCGUUUCACACGCAAACGUUCAACAAGCGAGGCGCUUACCUGCGAGAUGCCCUCACCGCCCCGAAGACACGGGCGCUCACACGGAGGCGUCAACGGGAGGCGCUCACACGGGAGGCGCUCACACGGGAGGCGCUCACACGGGAGGCGCUCACACGGGAGGCGCUCACACGGGAGGCGCUCACACGGGAGGCGUUCACACGCAAAACGUUCACAAGCGAGGCGCUUACAUGCGAGAUGCUCACUAGUGUGACUAGUAACAAUGGUAGCACCAGUAGCAACGGUACCACCAGUAGCACUGGUACCACAGGUAGCCCCAGUAGCAAUGGUAGCACCAGCAUCAAUGGCAUGACCAGAACCUCUGAUAGCACUAGUAGCACCAUUAACACUAGUAGCACCAGUAGCACUAGUAACACCUAUAGCCCAAGUAGCACUGGUAGCACCAUUAACACCACUAGCAACGGUAGCGCCAUUAUCACUAGUAACACCAGUUGUACAGGAGGAAGAACCAUGGAUGGAGUACAAGCGGUCCACUUAGGCCACAUUGAUGCGUGGGCGUGGAUGCUGACCGUGGGCGUUGGCGUGAUGGUAAGCAUGAAGGCGGUGCCCACACAGGGCCAAGUUACAGGGUACCGUAAAAAAUGGUGUCACUGUGACCUCGACCCUUGCCUGCAGAGUGUCCUUGCUGCCCUGCUGGCCAACAAGACCAUCCCUAAUUGCUCUCCAGAAAAUCCAUUUGUAGAUGCAGGGCCACCGCCGAGCAACAAUACUUCAGGCAACACCACCGCAGGCGCUGCUGGUGCCUCGACCAAUUCUUCAGGCAACGCCACCGCAAAUACCUCAGGAACAUCGAACGGUACCGCAUCCAACUCUACCACUGGUGCUGGAUCGGCAUCAAACACCACUUCGUCCAACUCUACCACUGGAUCAACAUCAAACACCACUUCGUCCAACUCUACCACUGGAUCAACAUCAAACACUACUUCGUCCAACUCUACCACUGGAUCAACAUCAAACACUACUUCGUCCAACUCUACCACUGGAUCAACAUCAAACACCACUUCAUCCAACUCUACCACUGGAUCAACAUCAAACACCACUUCGUCCAACUCUACCACUGGAUCAACAUCAAACACUACUUCGUCCAACUCUACCGCUGGAUCAACAUCAAACACCACUUCAUCCAACUCUACCACUGGAUCAACAUCAAACACUACUUCGUCCAACUCUACCACUGGAUCAUCAUCAAACACCACUUCAUCCAACUCUACCACUGGAUCAACAUCAAACACCACUUCGUCCAACUCUACCACUGGAUCAUCAUCAAACACCACUUCAUCCAACUCUACCACUGGAUCAACAUCAAACACCACUUCAUCCAACUCUACCACUGGAUCAACAUCAAACACCACUUCAUCCAACUCUACCACUGGAUCAACAUCAAACACCACAUCGUCCAACACCACAACUACAGGAAGAAAGAAGCGCUCUGCUGGUGACGCUACUGAAGGAAUCACCAGAUACGCUAACCAGGUGACCGAGGUCGUCGAUAAAGUGGUCAACAAGGCUGAGAAAGUGGCUCAAGUGGUCCAGCAAAUGACUCAAGUGGUCGCUUGGGCAGGCCAAGUGUCUGGAGAUGCCACGGUAGAUGUUGGCACGGACGGUGCCAAGACAGUAGCUAACGAGGGUGUCAGAGCAGAGCCUCAGGGAGAGGGAGAAGCUGCAUCACACACCGUCUUUAUCUCACAACGCAGGAAGCGCCAGGCAGCAAACAACACCAGCAACAGUAACAGUACCAGUAGCAGCAGCAACAGUACUACUAGCAGCAGCAGCAACGGUACUAGUAGCAGCAACAACAGUACUAGUAGCAGUAGCAACAGUACCAGUAGCAGCAGCAACAGUACCAGUAGCAGCAGCAACAGUACCAGUAGCAGCAGCAACAGUACCAGUAGCAGCAGCAACAGUACCAGUAGCAGCAGCAACAGUACCAGUAGCAGCAGCAACAGUACCAGUAGCAGCAGCAACAGUACUAACAGCAGCAACAACAGUACCAGCAGCAAUAGUACCAGCAACAGUAACAGUACUAGCAGCAGCAGUAAUAGUACCAGCAACAGUGCCAGCAGCAACAGUACCAGCAGCAGUAACAGUACCAAUAGUAACAAUACCAGCAGCAGUAAUACUACCAGCGGCAACAGUACCAGCAACAGCAACAGUACCGACAGUAACAGUACCAGCAGCAGCAAUACUACCAGCAACUGUACCAGCAACAGCAACUGUACCAGCAGCAACUGUACGAGCGACAGCAAUUGUACCAGCAGCAACUGUACCAGCAGCAGCAACUGUACCAGCAGCAACAGUACCAGUAGCAACAACUGUACGAGCAGCAGCAGCAACAGUACUAGUACCAGCAAUUGUACUAGCAACAACAACGGUACCAACAGCAGCAGCGGUGGUGGUAACAGUAACAGCACCGACGUGGUCAUCAUUGCUCCCUUCAGGAACGUUACCCAGACAGUGGUGACUCAGGGUGUCUUCUUCAACACUACGGGCAGCGCCUCCCUCUGUUCCUGCACACCCGGAAGUCAGUUGUUGGUGAGUUUGUGUCUGACUGACCUCAACUUUACCAGAGACCUGACCAACAACAACACUCAACUAUACUUCAACACCUCACGCACCUUAAUGGCCACGCUUCACAUCUACCUGUCUGCUCUGGUGGACACGAACGGUGUUUACAUCUUCAGGAGGCUGAGUCUACCCACCUUCAGUCCAGAUGGUAACGGAUUCACCGACCUAAAUACCAAGGUUGAGCUAACGUCCAUCCUCCCCCUGGCUAGUUACUACGUUGAGAACGCCAUUGAGGUGCCCACAAGGAUGAGCAACAUGAUCGCCACCUACAAGACUGACUCCGAGGAUUGUCUUCAGGUGACAGGUGAGUCGUCUAGAAGCGGGUAUGCCGUCUCAUGCCUGAUCUACACUCCGUAG